AUGGAGACUUUGCAGCAGCAAUAUUGGGCUCAGUAUGAGGAAGCUAUGGAACUUCUCCAAACUGGUUCUGCCGAAAACGUCGAAAAAGGUCUCGACCUAUGUCUUGACCUCCGCCGGCGUAUUGACCUGGGAUUACUCUUACGCGCGAUGGCCAACGCCUCGCUAGCAAUGUACUCCGAGUCGUCUGCCAACAAGGCUGAUUACGCCAACGAAUGCCUCGACUUGGCCACAAUGAUGCAUGAGCAGGCCCCUGACGACGACACCGGCUGGUUGGUGGACACAGCGCAGGAACUCGUGAAGCGCAUGGCUAAGACGGAUAUCUCGUGGGAAGGUCAAUUUACAAAGCACUGGGGGGCCGCAAAAGAGGCUCACGAGGCUCGGGAAGACACUGCGACGGCGUCUGCAGCAUUGACAACCAGUAGCGAGAUCGGAGAAGACGAGACUGUAGGAGAGUCUCAAAGUUCCGCUGCCACUACCUUCCCUGAGACGCAUGAGACCGAAGAAGACUUUGGGGCAUAG